GAAGCUCUUGACCUAUAUCUGCAUGAUUUUAUGCAUUGUGCUGCUGCAACAUAAUUAAAUGAUUGGAUGGCAUAAAUAAGCAGUUGUACCGGUGUUCCUAUUAAAGUAGACGGUGAGUGUGUAUAUGGUGCAGUACAGACUUUACACCAUUAGUCUCUUGCAGGGGCUGAGAAAAGCUCUAAUCCAUUAAUCAAGUUGAAUGCAGCUUUCCUCUUUUCUGUAUGUAUGUGUGUCUGUGUGCAUGUUUAUAUUCUCAGUGUAAUCUGCAUAAAUUUCAGUCACCCCUGCUUUCCAUUUCUAAUUUAAACCAAAAUUCAAUUAAACUCGCGUAACCCCAACAACAAUAGCAUCAUAUCUGCCUGUGCUAGAAGGAAGAGGGAGAGUGAGAGAAAAACAGGGAGAGGGAAAUAGAGAAACUGAGAGUGAGGGAAUUAAAAUCAUAUUUCAUUUCAGCUUCACUUAUUAAUCUUUGAAGACACGGAAUCUCAUUUUAGUUUGUGCUAAAAUGCAAAACGCUAAACGCUAAAAUGCUAAACGCACCGCUUCUGUAUGGCUUGCAGAUUUAAGGAGCUGCUUGUGAAAAACGGAAAGAGUUUAUUUGUCAUUCAUGAUCUAAAAUGGGCCAUGGUUGCCCGUUGCUUCAGGUUGUGAACUAGUGACCUGUUUGUUAACCUUUAAUUCUGUGCAGCUCUGUGCUUAUUCUGUAUCCUGUCUUAAUUAUAAAUCACUCUGGAUAAAAUAUCAAGAAAUGAAUACAAAUGCAAAUAUUAACAUAUUAAAGUGCUAUAUUUGCAAAUUUACAUCUUUACAUAUUAUCAGUAUUUAAAAUAGGUUUCUGAAAAGAUUCGAAUUCGGUGUUCGAUGGAGUAAGACGCGAAGUUGGAGGCUCCUGCUGAUUUCGAUUAAAAUUGUAAUUAAUUAGCGCUUUUUGGUCAUAUAAUAUAUUUUGACUUAUUCUACUUCGUUUCCUUAUUUGCACUUUUAACUUUGUGGCACGUUAAGAUGUCUGGAAAGAACACGAAAACCCGUGGUGGCAUUCAGACACGACCGAGACCUAGUGUGCGCGCCGUGAGCGAGUCCCCUUCUCCCCCUGAAUCCGCGUCCCCAAGCAGUGACCCUGACUUCGCUGCACUCAAGCUUGAGUUGCUGGCUUCACUGAGGAAGGACAUCGCCGAUAUUUUAAAAAAGGAGUUUCAGGCGAUGUUCAGGGAAGCGCUGUCUACUAUCCAGCUUGACCUGCAAGCCGUGAAAACACAGCAGGCUGGUGAUAAAGUUGCUACCGAGGCUACCAUAUCAACACUGAAAGGUACUGUUGGGGAAAUGGAGCACGCUCUCUCCGGUUGCACCGAUGACAUAGCUCAUAUGAAGACUACUAUCGAGUCGCUCACUGCGACCGUGACUCAAUUAGAGAAUAAAUGUGAGGAUUUGGUGUCGAGGUCACGGCGCAAUAACGUUAGGAUAGUGGGAGUUCCAGAGGGCGCUGACACCUGUACAACCGCUGCUGUAGCGACCUUGUUAAAGGAGGCGUUUGGUCUGGAGAAGGAGCCGGUUCUGGACCGGUCCCACCGGACCCUUCAGCCGAAGCCCAAGCCUGGUGAACGACCACGAGCUAUUGUGUGCAGAUUCCACUAUCACAGUGACUGUGUUGAUAUUUUAGGCCGUGCGAGAGAGAUCCAGCGGAUUAAAACGAGGGAUUUGACCAUCUCCGUUUUCCCUGACUACACAGCCAAGACAGCCCGGGCCCGGGCCGCGUUUAACGAGGUUCGGCGUCAACUUCGUAGUAUUGAGGGAGCUCGCUAUGGAAUACUUCACCCAGCUCGACUUCACAUUACAUAUAACGGUGUUCAGAAGGACUUUAUUUCAGCGGAGGAAGCAGCUCUACAGAAUUCGGAUUCUUAUUGAAGAUAUUGUCGGUGCAUUACUUCGUCUAGAUUUUGUGGACUCACUCCUCUUAAAUUUACUUCUGUAUUAAUGUGCUUCUCUGUUUUGAUGCUCUGACUGGGUUAGAGUUUAUUUCAUUUUAUUAGUGUUGUUUCCUCAUCUUUACAUGCUACACUGUGUUAUAUUAUUUGUUACAAGUCUUUAAAAGGUAAGGACAUUAUAUUUGUUAAAGUGCGCAGACUAUUUAUCAGAUUGGAAGUCAGUAGGGGGCUUUUCUCUUACUGGAAUUUUUUUUUUGUUUAGGUAAUUUAGUUGGUUAGUUCGGCUUACUCUUUGAGUUGUUUUCACAUUGUGGACAACUCUUGGUGGGAAACACUGCCGUCUCCCUUUGUUUUAUGGAGACUUUGGGUGUGUUGGGGGGGUCCCACUCCGGCUGGGACAGGCACGCCUUUAAGAUUUAUUUGUUGGAACGUCAGAGGUAAUCCUGUCCAGAGAUCUAAGGUUUUUCACAUAUUUGAAACGUCUUCCACGCUAACUUUAAUUUGAAAGUAGGAGGGGUCGCUAUUUUAAUUGACCAAAGGUUACAGUUUUCGUCCACUAACGUUAUCGCUGAUGCGAACAGUAGAUAUAUUAUAGUUGCUGGUACUCUAAUGCAAAGACAGGUAUUGUAUACGCUCCUAACUUAGAUGAAUUUUUUAUUUAUUUUUUUAUUUUUAUUUUUUUUUAUAAAUGGCAUCCCUUUAUUGUAUACUUUAUGGAGUUACAGACACUUCCCACUUAAAUUUUUGUGCCUGUUCUUGGGUUUUAUAAUAUUUAUAUAACCAGCGACAGUUAUUGAGUAGUUAUUGAGUGGGGGGGGUUGGUACUUUUAAUUUUGUUUUCCUUUGUUUUUUUUUGUUUGUUUGUUUGUUUGUUUUUUCUUCUUCUCAAUGCAAUAUUUGGGAAAGGGAAGGGAGGAGAGAAGAGAAAAGGUAAAUGAAUCACAUGUAAAUGAAUCACAUGUAAAUGAAUCAUAUGAAAAUGAAUAAAUAAAUUAAAACGUAAAAUAGGUUUCUAAUAACAGUUGUCAAAAUAUUCCAAUAGUGACGAACAUUAAAAAUAGUGGAAAUAAGAUAUGACAAUGUACCCUUGUCAAUAACUUACAUUGGUUAUGAUUUGAUGGCCUAUAGGUCAUUUUAAAGAUACCUAUUUGGCCUACAAAACAGGUCACAAUGCUCUUUUGUUAGUAGGACAGCCUAUAACACUUCAACUAUGCCAACUGAAAUAAGAAUAUAAGUAAAUUAUGCUUCUAGCAAAUUUUUAUUCAGAUUGUUUUUCAGAAACCAGAUUAUCUGCCAGUACAGUAUGUGUUGCCAGGCAAACAAAAUCAGUCAAGCAAUGAGCCAUGAACGUAGCACAUGUAGCAUGAGAGUGAGAUAUGUUGUUUAUAAUAGAAAUAUUGCAUAUCAUAUAAUGAACAUAAACUAUAGCACAUUAUUAUUUGCUUUGCAAUAAAGUCUAUCUCUAACUCGUACACUGAAAUUAAUUAAUUAUUAUUUCAUGUUUUUUCACUUGUAACAAGAUACUAAGUCAUUACAUGAUAUCGUCUUAUAUUAUAUUACAUUAUAUUA